UCUCUUUCUCUCUCUAUAUAUGCGUCUACCUUGUCUCUCUCUCUCUCUAUAUCUCUCUCCCCUUGUUCUCUCUAUCAUUACAGUGCAGUUAAUUUUUUUUCUUGCCUGGGUCGCGUUAAUUUUCGCCGAAAGAUAAUACAAAUCUGGAAUAAACUUGAUAGGGCACCGAAAAUCUAUUCGGGUCCGAUCGCAAAUCACUUGGUUUUAUUCUAUUUCUGAUCAGCCGAUAAGUUCGAGGUUCUUAUUCAAGGUUUGGUGCCGAACAGCUAAUGGUUGAUUUUCUGGAGCACUUGUGUAUAUGUAUAUCUAUGAAUAAUUAUUGUAUUGCUUAACUGUUGGUUAAUUGUUAUGAUUUUUAGAGGGAAUCUUUAUUUUUUCAUCAGGGGAGAGAGACUGUUUACUUGUAUGAAAACCAUAUGUAAUAUAUGAAGUUUCAAUGAUUUAUGUGGCCUACUUCUGCUGUCUAUCCAAUUUUGCAAGCAUAAGUCGAUUGAAUCUGCAAAGGUUGUGCCAUUUGAUGCAAAGGGGUUACAGUGCCACUGUCAUCGAAUGCGGGGGCAUGCAUGUUAUGCUGUUUUUCUGAACUUCUACUUUUGUGUGGCUGUGAAUUUAUCCCGGGGAUAUACUGAAUUUGGAUUACAAGUGCGGUCCUUGAUCCUCUCGGAAUUGUAGCAGGGCGAUUGGUGUGGUGUAAGUAAUAAUGGAGAGCUUGGCGCAGUUGGAAGUGUUGUGUGAGAGGCUUUAUAAUUCGCAAGACACAGCGGAACGGAUGCACGCUGAGAACACACUGAAAUGCUUUUCAACCAACAUUGAUUACAUUUCUCAAUGCCAGUUUAUUCUGGACAAUGCUUUGACUCCUUACGCAUUGAUGCUGGCAAGCUCAAGCCUCUUGAAGCAAGUGACGGAGCAUAGCCUUUCCCUGCAGCUGCGGCUUGAUAUCCGAAAUUACCUUAUAAACUAUCUGGCGAACAGAGGCCCUGAGCUGCAGCCCUUUGUCAUUGGUUCUUUAAUUCAGCUUUUAUGUCGGCUUACGAAGUUUGGGUGGUCAGAUGAUGAUAGAUUUAGAGAAGUGGCCAAGGAAUCUAUAAACUUUUUGAGCCAGGCAACGACAGAUCACUAUGCUAUUGGUUUAAAGAUAUUAAAUCAGCUUGUUUGUGAGAUGAACCAGCCAAAUCCAGGAAUGCCAUCAUCACAUCAUCGAAGGGUGGCCUGUUCCUUCAGGGAUCAAUGCCUAUUCCAAAUCUUUCAAAUAUCUUUAACUUCAUUAAAUCAACUUAAAAAUGAUGCCAUUGGUCGAUUGCAAGAAUUGGCUUUAUCACUGUCGCUGAAAUGCUUGUCUUUUGAUUUUGUUGGGACAUCAAUUGAUGAGAGCUCUGAAGAAUUUGGGACUGUCCAGAUCCCAUCUUCAUGGAAAAAUGUAAUUGAGGAAUUUUCAACGCUGCAGAUAUUUUUUGAUUACUAUGCACUCACAAGCCCCCCAAUCUCAAAGGAGUCACUGGAGUGCUUAGUUCGUUUAGCUUCAGUAAGACGCUCUCUUUUCACCAAUGAUGCUGCACGCUCCAAGUUCUUGGACCAUCUUAUGUCAGGAACCAAAGAAAUUUUACGAACAGGGCAAGGUCUUGCUGAACAUGAGAACUACCAUGAGUUUUGUCGCCUUCUUGGACGAUUCAGAGUUAAUUAUCAGUUGUCGGAACUUGUGACCAUGGAAGGCUAUGGUGAUUGGAUACGCUUAGUGGCUGAAUUCACAUCAAAGUCUUUACUGUCCUGGCAGUGGGCCAGCAGCAGCGUGUAUUAUCUUUUAGGGCUUUGGUCAAGGUUGGUGAGCUCUGUACCCUACUUGAAGGGUGAUGCACCGAGUUUGCUUGACGAAUUUGUACCUAAAAUCACCGAGGGUUUUAUCACUUCAAGACUGGAUUCUGCUCAGGCUGGUCAACCAGACGAUAUUUCAGAGCAUCCUCUUGACAAUGUUGACCUACUUCAAGAUCAGCUUGAUUGCUUUCCAUAUCUUUGCAGAUUUCAGUAUGAAAACACUAGCUUGUUCAUCAUCAAUAUCAUGGAACCUAUUCUACAAGUUUACAUGGAACGAGCACAGCUUCAGACUGGUGAUAAAAAUGAAAUUUCUGUGGUUGAAGCGAAGCUUGCUUGGCUUGUGCAUAUAAUUGCUUCUAUUUUAAAAAUAAAACAAUCUGUUGGCUGCAGUGUUGAAUCACAAGAAUUAAUUGAUGCUGAACUUGCAGCUCGUGUUUUGCGGCUAGUAAAUGUUGCUGAUACUGGGUUGCACAGUCAGAGAUACACUGAGUUGAGCAAACAAAGACUUGAUCGAGCAAUCCUCACCUUUUUCCAAAAUUUUAGGAAGUCUUAUGUGGGUGAUCAAGCUAUGCAUUCGUCAAAGCAGUUGUAUGUCCGGCUGUCUGAGCUUAUUGGACUAAAUGAUCAUCUAUUGCUGUUGGAUUUUUUUGUCCUAAAAAUCGCUACAAAUCUCAAAUGUUAUACUGAGGUUGAGGAAGUUAUUGACCAAACUUUGAGUCUGUUCCUGGAACUCGCCUCUGGAUAUAUGUCUGGUAAAUUGCUUCUUAAGUUGGAUACCGUGAAGUUCAUAAUUGCCCAUCACACUAGGGAGCAUUUUCCUUUUCUUGAAGAAUAUAGAUGUUCCCGAUGUAGAACAAAGUUCUACUACACCCUUGGCUGGCUAAUAUUCCUGGAGGACAGUGCACCUCUCUUUAAGUCUUCAAUGGAUCCUCUGUUGCAAGUAUUUAUGACCUUGGAAUCAACACCCGAUAACAUGUUUCGAACUGAUUCCGUGAAAUAUGCGUUAAUUGGGCUGAUGAGAGAUCUAAGGGGUAUAGCAAUGGCUACAAAUAGUCGUAGAACUUAUGGGCUUCUAUUUGAGUGGAUUUAUCCUGCUCACAUGCCAAUUCUGCUAAGGGGAAUCUCACAUUGGGCUGAUACACCAGAGGUGACAACUCCAUUGCUCAAAUUUAUGGCUGAAUUCGUGUUAAACAAAGCUCAACGUUUGACUUUUGAUAUUUCAUCCCCAAAUGGCAUACUUCUUUUCCGAGAAGUCAGUAAACUACUUGUGGCUUAUGGUUCAAGGAUUUUAGCUCUUCCAAAUGCUACCGAUAUCUAUGCCUUCAAAUACAAGGGAAUUUGGAUAUCCUUGAAUAUUCUAGCACGCGCGCUUUCUGGAAAUUAUGUCAACUUUGGUGUGUUUGAACUCUAUGGGGAUAGAGCACUUGCUGAUGCACUUGACAUUGCCCUUAAGAUGACACUCUCAAUUCCGCUGGCUGACAUUUUGGCGUACAGGAAGUUAACAAGGGCAUACUUUUCAUUUCUGGAGGUUCUAUUUAACAGCCAUCUCAAUUUUGUAUUAAGUCUUGAUACGCGCACCUUCAUGCAUAUUGUUGGUUCGCUUGAGUCCGGUCUGAAAGGUCUUGAUGGUGGUAUAUCCUCACAGUGUGCAGCGGCGGUUGAUAAUUUGGCUGCAUUCUAUUUCAACAACAUAACCUCGGGGGAGGUGCGUACAUCGCCAGCUGCUGCAAAUCUUGCCAGGCAUAUUGCGGAAUGCCCAGCGCUGCUACCUGAAAUUCUCAAAACGCUCUUUGAGAUUGUGCUAUUCGAAGACUGCGGCAACCAAUGGAGUCUUAGUAGGCCAAUGUUGAGCUUGAUACUUAUAAAUGAGCAGAUGUUCACGGAUUUGAAAGCUCAAAUUUUAGCUUCUCAGCCAGCUGAUCAGCAUCAGCGCCUUGCUACUUGCUUCGAAAAACUCAUGGCUGAUAUAACCCGAAGCUUGGAUUCAAAGAACAGGGACAAGUUCACUCAAAAUCUGACCGUGUUUAGGCACGACUUCCGUGUAAAGUAACAUCACCUAUGAAGAAAUCGCUUUGCCCUAGGUAAUCUGUUGCAUACUUUGGAUAGAAAAACAAAAUGUCUGACACCAAUCCCUCCUACCUAAUCAGAAGUUUAAUAUCUGCAUUUUUCAUGAUGAUGCUGGAAAUGACUUCUACUUACAUUACUGGUUUUGCUCGGUGAAAGAAAAGAAGUGUACUCUA